ACACACAUAAUCUCUCUCACACACUGACACACGUACACACACACCUACCCCCACAUACAGAUACACAUACAAGCAGACAAGUAAACACCACCACCUACAAUCUAGCAAGUAUGUCUGGACAACAGAGACUCGCUACCCUCGACAGCUCAAUCGUGUCCCGGCUGCCGGCGUACUCCAAGUCGCUGUUCGACGCGAAGACGGAGAAGGGGCUCAGCUUCGAGGCGAUCGCAUCGCAGAUCGGGCGCAACGAGGUGGCCGUGGCCGCGCUAUUCUACGGGCAGGCGCAGGCGUCGGCCGAGGAUGUCGACAAGCUGUCGGCGCUGCUGGGCGUGCCGCGCGAGGCGAUCGCCAACGAGAUGCUCAGCUUCCCCGACCGCGGCCACUCGGGCCCCAUGCCACCCGUCGAGCCGCUCAUCUACCGCCUGUUCGAGGUCGUGCAGAAUUAUGGGUAUGCGUACAAGGCCGUGCUGAACGAGAAGCUUGGUGAUGGGAUUAUGAGUGCCAUUUCGUUUUCGACAAAGGUCGAUAAGGAGGUCGAUGAGAAUGGCGCGACUUGGGCCGUUAUUACCCUGAGGGGGAAAUGGCUUCCUUACUACCGCUUCUGAAUCGAAUCGUGCCGUUUGGGGCUGGCGGCGGCGAGGCGGUAGGCUGGUUGGCUGGCUAGCUACCUGCCCUGUCGCCUCAAAGCGAUAUCUUUGCCGUCCCUAAAGCGUUGCCACCAAAAACAAAGUGGCUUUUCGUCGUUUUCUUUGGAGAAGCGACGGUGUUUGUUAUGUUUUUCCUUUUUCAAGCGGGAUACUGCGGAGGGGCUGGGAUGGCCGAGACUGUGUUUGAGAUAUUGCUUGUUCGCAUUGCUUUCCAUUUGGGGAUCUAGUUCCUGGGCCUAGCUGGGUGAGGCGGGAAGUUGUGAGGAAAGGGGGUGGGAGAAAAAGG